AUGCUCUGCUUGUCUCGAGUCCUGGCCAGGUCGGCCAUCGUUGCCGCAUACCUGCUCCCCAGAGUUUGCGCAGCUCGGCGGAACCUGAUUAUCGACACGGAUAUCCACAGUGACUGCGAUGAUACCGGGGCCCUUCUCCUAGCGGCGGCAUCGCCAGACGUCAACAUUCUCGGCGUCAACAUCAACGCCCGCUCGUCGUACUCCUCGCUCGCGGCCUCAGCAAUCCUGGCCCACUACGGCCACCCUGCCGUCCCAAUCGGCGCCCGCAGGCCGCUGACCAACGAGUCCUUCUUCGACGCCUUCUUCUACUCCAUGGGCGAGUUCACCAGCAAGGUCGCCUAUCACUACCCGGGCGGCACCCUGACCUGGGGCCGCGCCGAGGAUGCUCUGGACCCCGUCAAGCUGUACCGCCAGCUCCUGGCGUCGGCCGACGACGGCAGCGUGACCAUCGCCUCGAUCGGCUUCCUGGCGAACCUGUCUGCCCUGCUCAACGCCACCUCGCCCGACGAGCACUCCCCGCUGUCCGGGGAGGAGCUGCUCCGCGCCAAGGUUUCCGAGCUGGUCAUCAUGGGCGGCAACUUUCCGUCGGGCCGCGAGUUCAACUUUUUCGGCGACGACCCGGCCCACACGGCCCACGUCAUCGGCAGCCUGUCGGCGCCGGGCAGCCCAAAGGUCGUCUACUGCGGCUCCGAGGUUGGCGAGCACGUCCUGUCGGGCAUGUCGCUCAUGGAAAAGGGCCCGGCGUCGGACCCCGUGCGCGCGGCGUACUCGUACUACACGCACCGCCUCACGGCCCGCGAGUCGUGGGAUCCGCUGACCAUCAUGUACGCCAUACACGGGCUGGGUGACCUGUUUGAGUUUGCCAACGACAAGGGCGGCUACAACCGCGUCAACGCCACGGACGGCUCCAACGACUGGGUCGACGACGCGUCGGUGACGAACCAGCGCUGGCUCAGGCUCAAGGUCAGCAACGAGACGGCGGCGGCCGAGCUUGACCGUCUGUAUCUCGAGGCUGCUCUGCGGUUUUCUGGUGCUAAUACGUCGGCGACGUCUGUUACUCGCCGGAGCAAGUUGGAUCUGUGA